AUGCUGUGCUACCGCAAGCGGAGGCCGCUCACCAUUCUCAUGCCGGAGCUGCUUUCCGAGGGCGAGUCCGUGUCGGUGUGCGCCGAGUGUGGCCGAUGCCUGGCGCGCGGGAGUCUGUCGCCGGCCGUCCACCUUCAUAUUCGCCUUGGCUGCGAGCACAUGUUCCCCGAUGAGCUCAAGGGACUCACGCCGGUCGAAGAGAAGCUCGUCUCGCUGAACUCGUGUUAUGGGCACGUCAAGGGCCACAUCACAGUGUUUCCGAACAAUGUGCAGGAGCUGGCGACCAAAGUGCUCCCGCACCCCCUUUUGCAAGCACUGGAUGAGAUCCACGUCUCGUGGCAGGGCGCGGAGAAGCCGGCACCGAGCGACCUGUCGAGUCUCUUGUCGGUGAGGCGGCGGGUGGUCGAGAGGGCCCUUGUCUGGCUGAAGAGGAACAAUCCCCACUACGCCGAGAUCGAGAUCGACGCGGCGGAGAUGGAGAGCUGGGGAGAUCCGAUAGACGGGGUGCCGUCGUCGGUGUACGAUCGCAUGGAGCGGAACGAGCCAUCUGCGUGGGAGAAGGCGCGGACGGCGCACGUUGUGCCUCCCACGGAGCGUGCCAUGGACGACGAGGGGUCGGUGGAGAUCGAGGAGCUCUUCGCCCUGCUCAACCAUGGGCAAGAAGCAGGGGGCCAGGGUGAAGGCCACGGGCCCAACGGAGAAGGCGAGUACGAUGAUUUCGUCUCAAGGGCUGAGACUUCCAAGGUCUUUGACUUUGUCAAUAUCGAAAAGGAUGCUCCGAUCCUGGGAGAACCAAAGGAGCCUAUGACUUCCGAUUAA